UGUUUCGUUACUUCAAUUCACAAAUUUUAGGGAUCUUUACGGUUUUUAUGAACACCAGGAUGAAAUCUCGUGAUUCGUGUUUACAGAUUUUCAUAAUCCAACGAUAGGAUUUAGAUUCGAUUUCGACAUUCAAACAAACCUUGAUCUUCUCAUUGGUACGUAAAACAUCAAUCGGAGAAGUUUCAGAUAUCUCCGGCCUCUAUGGGCACGGCGGCGAGCUCGUCAACCUCGAGAUCGAGCUCGCUGACGGUGGGAGAAAAGUUAUGUGCGGCGUUGAUUCCGUUUGCAAUUUUAGUUGAGGUUGUGGUCUACAGCUUAUCGUCUUGUUUCGAUGCUCAUCGAAGCCGUUCGGUUAAGCCUCCCCAGACUUUUGACGACAUCCGUCAUCUCGCUCGUAAUUCUCCAUUUUCGGUUAAUGAAGUGGAAGCAUUGCGGGAAUUGUUCAAUAAGUUGAGCAGUUCGAUUAUAGACGAUGGACUCAUACACAAGGAAGAGCUCCAACUGGCUUUGCUAGAAUCAUCAGGUGGAGAUAAUCUUUUCAUGAACAGGGUUUUCGAUCUAUUUGACGAGAAGCAAAAUGGUGUUAUUGAAUUUGAGGAGUUUAUCCAUGUAUUGAGCAUCUUCCAUCCUGCGGCUUCACUUGAACAAAAGAUUGAUUUUGCCUUCAGAUUAUAUGAUCUGAGACAAACUGGGUACAUUGAACGGGAAGAAGUUAGAGAAAUGAUUGUUGCCACUUUAAGGGAAACCGGGAUGCAUCUUUCAGACGAAAUUCUUGAAGAGAUACUUGAUAAGACUUUUGCAGAUGCUGACGCUGACAUGGAUGGAAGAAUCAACAAAGAAGAGUGGAAGAACUUUGUCAUUCAACGACCACAACUCUUGAAGAACAUGACCCUUCCCAAUCUAAGUGAAGUGACGACCGCCUUCCCGAGUUUUAUAUUCAACACCGGAGUGGAAGAUAGUUUCCAUCAACAUAACGUUGAUGUGCCACGGCGUCGGUGACCGUUAUUCUUGUUACUACUUAGGUCGUCAAGUGUCAAUUAUAGGGUUAGGAGUCGUUUACCAAACACUUACCCGGUAAGAUUUUUAGUCCACUAAACGAUAUCGUGUGCAACAAUUUACCUAGUAAGCGCUUACUGUGGUAAGACUCGUCGCCCUCAAUUACCGGGUAAGACACUUGGUCCUUAUCUCGCUCUUACCAGAUAAGAUUCUUGGUUCUUAUUAUAUUCAUCUGGUAAGGUAAUGUGACUUGGUAAGCACUUACUUGGGUAAGUAUUUGGUAAACGACAAGUGUUCAAAAAUUUGUAUUCUUCUAUUUAAACGAAACAAAUUUUUCCCAACCCUUUUUAAUUC